ACCGUCACCGCGGCUGGCCACCAAUAAGACCUCUCCAACGCUUAUUCGCCCCGACUGCCUGGGCCAUAAGUCAGUAUAUCUCACAGGCCCCCUCCUCCAGCUUGGUCUCCUUGUGCUGCCCAGCCGGCCCUCUGGGAGACCUUGCGCGACCUCAUCAACGGCCUUUGCUUCUAAGCGCUGUUGGAAUUAGGAAAGGCUGAGUACCAUUGAUUGCUACACCGCACAGCUUUGGAAUACUGACAUUGAAGGAAAUAUUCCUCGGGACAGAGGAAUGAAUCUAUCACCACCUUUACUGUAUAUAAGUCACACCCUUCCCGCAAAUGGCUUCCUCGAUUCCAGUCCGGCAUCUCUCACCCCCUCAUGUCGGCUCCGAUAUCCGGCUUCAGCAAACUCUCAAUCUCUCAUAUUCUAAUGGAGUCGUCUCGAGACCAGGAGCGUGGAGAACCUUCCGGGACAGGGAAAGAGCCUGCACCUCCCGAUGAUGAUGGCAGCUCCCUGAUUGAACACAUCUUUGCUCUUGAUCACUGCCGCCCGCAUGUUAUGCAGCAGGAGGGAGAGCGAACACCCUCAAGCCCCAGAUAUGCUUUCCAGAUCGCCGAGGCCCAGGUAAAGAGAUAUGGCGUUCGGAUUAGUGCGGCCAGCCCCACGGAGACAACCUGCUCCUGCGACGAGACUGGACCCUGCCGGCAUGGGCGCUGGCUUCUGGAGCAGCUGACUCGGACCGACAUGUCAGUGACCGAAGGAGACAGCCCCGAUCUCUUUCAAUAUAUCACUAAAAGAGGACUGGAAAAUGUGUGCGAGGAUCUGUUUUGGGAGUUUCGAGAUGGGUUGCCUGAAUCUGACUCGGAGGAUUCAGAGGAAUCGGAGGAAUCAAAGUGGGAGCUCAAGAAGAAGCUUUCCCCAUCUCAACUUGGCCGACAGACCAGGAGAUUACUCAGAGAGAGGAGGAAUACCGUUCGCGAUAUCAUGGCUACAUUAUCUUUGGAGCGUACGGAAGAUUACCGGAAGGAUAUAUUCGAAUCCCCGGAUGAUAUCACUAUCGCAGAUAUAGCAAUGCCCGGUGACCUUGGGGGAACCUUUUCGAAGUGGUUCCUUUAUGACGAUGAUGCCUUCUUCCGGUUCAAGCCAAUCGUGUCUCACAACAAACGUGCUUCGGCAUACUUCAGAAGCAUGGACUUGAAGGCACAUGCAACAUGUGAGCUCAUGGAUAGGUACGCUCAGAUGGGACCCGCCCCUGGAGAGAUACAUCACGAUGUAAUCUGGUGCGCCCAAACUCUUGCCGACCUUGUUAAUUCAAUCGGCCAAAACAUUAUCGGGCGGCAACCGUUAAGCCAAUCAGCAAGAGAAGAAGCGAGCAGAGCUCUCGUUUCCAUCCUUCGAGAAGUUGUCAAUCGCAAUAAGGACGUUUACCAGGAUGACAGGCUACCAAGACGCCGACCACAUGGCGAACCACAGACCAAUCGCAAUCUAUAUCAACGACUAAUUGGUUCUACCUCCCCAGCAAAUCCUGCUGGACCAAUGUUCGUUAUCAAAGAACUUCAGGGCCUCUUUGAAGCACAACCCUUUGUGGAAGAUCUGGAAGAAAUUCUAUCCAAAUUGAGGACAAUUGGUUGGGGCCCGGCGCCACAAGCCUACCGCGAGAAGUUGGGUACAAUCAUUGCCCAGCUUAAAGGAGAGUCCGGAUCGGCUUCACCGUCAGCCGAGAAAAGGCCUGCCAGUUCGGUGAACAGAAGGACUAAACGAGUGAAGGGUUCCCGAAGGGGUUCGGAGGAUUAAAUUUGGCCCUGAAUUUCACGAACUCCUUUGAUUUUCAUUUGUUUUCUCCUUUGUGCUAUCUUGUCACUCCUUUGAUAAUUUCUUCUUCUCUAUCUAUAUUACCUGGGGCCUAUUCUCAGUUCUGUUUGUUCAGGACUUUUUUAUCUCAUUUGGAAGUCAAGUCUUGUCACCACAUGGACGUGGCCCCUCUUGGCCUGUAAUUAUCUUCUCUUUACCACAUUAUAGACUCCAUUCCUUAAUGAGUUCUAUCUCUAUUCUUCUGAUUAUGUAGCAUACUUUCCGGUGAACUGAUUCAGCACUAUUAUAUAUCUACGCACGAAC